AUGGCUAGUGAUUUAUAUGGAAGAACAAUGGAUAAAUCCAUCGAAACUACUUCAAAAAUGUUUUCCGAAUUGAAUUUUGUGAAAGCUGAACCAGAAGAAGCUAAAACGUUCGAUGAAUCUGGAAAGUUCGAUAUUAACUCAGUGAAAAUUGAACCACGAGGAGCUGAAAUGUUUCAUACUGGCUCCAUUACCAACCUGAAUUCGAUGGAUAAAAUCGGUUAUAAUAAAAGCAUUGGACAACACAGACAAAUGAAGAUGGAAGAUGAAAUGGACAUUGUUCACGAAGAUCUUAAGUGUGAAGUUGUAGAUGAAAAAAAUUUAUCAUGCUAUAUGCGAGCUGAGUGCUUGAGCCAAGAUGUGAAGCCACUCCUCUCGGAUCCUGCUGUACAAGGAGCAGACAUGUUUGGUACUGAUUUCUUCACUAACCCAAACUCAAUGGAUGGCAAAGAUGAUAACAAAAUCAUUGGUGAUCACGGGCAAAUGAAGAUGGACAAUGAAAUCGACAUUGUUCAUACCGACGAGAAACCAUUUCAGUGUGAUUUCUGUUUCGAGUCUUUUGCACAUAAUGUUACUUUGAAGAACCAUGAAAGGAUUCAUGAUGAAGACAGACUAUUUCAGUGUAAAAUUUGCAUGAAAUCCUUCACUAGAAGUGAUGGUUUGAAACUUCACGAAAGACGACAUACUGGUGAAAGACCUUUCCAGUGUUCGUUCUGUUCGAAAUUUUUCGCUCGUCUUGAUACCCUGAAAGUUCACGAAAGAACUCAUACCGGAGAAAAACCGUUCCAGUGUAGAAUCUGUUCGAAAUAUUUUACCCAAAGUGGUGAUUUAAAAGUUCACGAAAGAAGGCAUACUGGAGAAAAAUCGUUUCGGUGUACGAUGUGUCCAAAAUUAUUUGUUCAAAGUGGUGAACUGAAAAUUCAUGAAAGGAUUCAUACUGGAGAAAGAAGUUUUCAGUGCAAAAUCUGUCCAAAAUCAUUCGUUCAAAUUUGUGCUUUGAAAGUACAUGAACGAACUCAUACCGGAGAACAACCGUUUCAGUGUAAGGUUUGCCUGAAAUCUUACACUCAAAUUAGUUCUUUGAAAAUUCAUCAACGAAAACAUACUGGAGAUAAACCAUUCAAUUGUAGGAGCUGUUCAAAAUCUUUCAUGCAAAGUGGUGAUUUGAGAGCUCAUGAAAGAAUUCAUACCGGAGAAAAACCGUUUCAGUGUAAGAUUUGUCUCAAAUCUUACACUCAAAGUGGUUCUUUGAGAAUUCAUGAAAGAAAACAUACUGGAGAUAAAUGA